UCGUUUUUCCGCCCUUCCCUAUCCUCUCCUUCCUUCCCUCGCCUCUUUUCGCUACGUCGCCUCUACCCUCCUCUCCUCCCUGCUCUUCUCUACUCCCCCCCUCUCUCCCCCCCUCUCCUCCCUCCUCCUUUGUUCUCCUUCUCCUCCUCUCCUCCGUCUCGCCCUCCCGUCUUGCACCUGUCUGGCGAUCCGUGCACCACAUACAAGUACUGUCUGCGGGAUGCGGACGGCUCGGUGACAUCAGAGUACGGCAGCGACAUAGAGCUGGGUCUCGACACAUCGGCGCGCAAGCCCUCCAUCAUGAUCUUCGUCUCCGACGGCCACUUCAGAGCGAACCCAUGGCGGGGGGCAGGAGUGGCGAUCCCGGUGUUUUCGCUGCGGUCGCGGGAGAGUGUAGGUGUGGGCGAGUUUGCGGACCUGAAGCUGCUGGUGGACUUUGCGCACAGUGCAGGGCUGCGCCUCGUGCAGCUGCUGCCCGUCAAUGACACCUCUGUCAAUGACAUGUGGUGGGACUCGUAUCCGUACAGUUCUCUCUCUGUCUUCGCUCUGCACCCGCUCUACCUACGACUCCAAGCGCUCGCCCCCAACCUGCCACCGCAAAUCCAGGCGGAGAUAGAGAGUGCGAGAGCAGCGUUGGACGGGGAGGCGGUGGACUACGAGGCGACCAUGAGCGCCAAGCUGCGCAUCGCACGCGCCGUGUUCCAGUGGGACGGCGACCGCCUGCUGGCGUCGCAGCCCUUCAAGGACUACUUCCAGGAGAACCAGGACUGGUUGAAGCCGUACGCAGCGUUUGGUUUCCUGAAGAAGCUCUUUGGCACAGCGGACCACACUCAGUGGGGCACCCUCGCCAACUACUCGCAAGACCAGGUGGAGCGCAUAGUGGCGCCGGGCACGGACUACCAUGCCACCAUCGCCUUCACAUACUAUGUGCAGUACCACCUGCACGUGCAGCUGCUGGACGCAGCGGCGUACGCGCACGAGCGGCACGUAGUGCUGAAGGGCGACCUGCCCAUCGGCGUGGACCGCUGCAGUGUGGACACAUGGCGCUUUCGCUCGCUCUUCCACAUGGACACGUCCACCGGCGCGCCGCCCGACGCCUUCUCAUCGGAGGGGCAGAACUGGGGCUUCCCCACGUACAACUGGGAGGAAAUGGGCCGCGACAACUACGCCUGGUGGCGUGCGCGACUCACACAGAUGGCCAAGUACUUCAGUGCGUACCGCAUCGACCACAUCCUGGGGUUCUUUCGCAUCUGGGAGCUUCCAGACCACGCCGUGUGCGGCAUCCUCGGCCACUUCCGCCCCUCCAUACCCAUCUCCGCGGAGGAGAUGGAGAAGGAGGGCGUGUGGGACUUCAAUCGGCUGUGCGACCCCUACGUGCGCUGCCACCUGUUGCAGGAGAAGUUUGGUCAGCGGUGGACGGAAAUUGCAUCCAAGUUCUUUGAGGAGUACCAGCACAUGUGCUACAGGUUCAAGAAGGAGUACGACACGGAGAAGAAGAUAGUGGCAGCGGUGCAGCCCAGGGAGGGGUCGCCGGAGUGGCUGGAGGAGGAGGCCAAGGAGACGCGCAAGGGGCUGCUCUCACUCUUCCAGAGCGUGGUGCUGAUCCGCACUCAGGACGAACCACGCAAGUUCUACCCACGCUUUGACUGCGAGAAGACCGCCAGCUUCAUGGAACUCGACGAGCACACCAAGGCGGUGGUGAAGCGGCUGUACCUGGACUACUACUACUCGCGGCAGGAGAGCCUGUGGCGGUCGAACGCGCUCAAGACGCUGCCUGUGCUCAUGAACGCCUCCGACAUGCUCGCCUGCGGGGAGGACCUCGGCCUCGUGCCCGCCUGUGUGCCGCCCGUGCUGGCGGAGCUGGGGCUACUGGGGCUGCGCAUCCAGCGCAUGGCCACCAAGAUCGGCCAGGACUUCGGCAACCCCGCAGAAUACGACUACAUGACGGUGUGUGCGCCGUCGUGUCACGACACGUCAACGCUGAGGGCGUGGUGGGAGGAGGAGCCGGAGCGCCGCCACAAGUUCUUCCGCUCCGUGCUUGGAUUCAGCUCGCCCGCCCCCGACCGGUGUACACCUGACGUGGCAAGAGCGAUCAUCCAGCAGCACUGCGAUGCACCGAGCGUGUGGGCCAUCUUCCCACUGCAGGAUCUCAUGGCGCUGCGGGAGGAGUACUUGACGCGGCCAGCCAACGACGAGACCAUCAACGACCCCACCAACCCACGCCACUACUGGCGAUUCCGUGUGCAUGUGCGGAUGGAGGACCUGGUGGCGGACGCAGCGCUCAUCACCACACUGCAGCACAUGCUGCUCGCCAGUGGCCGCACCUCCCCCUCGGACCUGCCCGACCGCUACCGCUCCUCUGCUGUGGACUUCCUAGCGCACUCUGUUGGCAGCCUCAGCCUCUCCCACCCACCCGCCACACUCGGCGCCGCGCCGCCACCACUGCUUGCCUUGUCUCUUGGGGCCAUUCCCUGAAUGUGCAGGGAGUUGGGCACUGCGCAGGGUGAUUCGGCGUGAUUGAUGGGUGCUGUUGAUGGCUGGUGUAACGGUCAAGCUGAGGGCACUGCAGUUGGUUUGUAGUCAUCAUAAAUCUCGAAAUUCAGUUAGCCGUGUGUGUUAGCCGAAUCAUGGGUGAAUGUCAGUGGGAAGUGGUAACUGGGCAAGGAUCUGUGGAUAUAAACUCGGUGUGCAUCAACCUUGCCCUUGGAUUUGAAAUGCUACCAGAGGUUUUGGCGACCACCC